AUGUCGAUCAACAACUACAAGCACCCAAACCUCAAGCAGCAGUGGGGUCUCGUCGAGGACCCUAACGGCAGCGACCAUGUUGUCACUUCAAAGGGUCACCGAUUGACACGAACAUUGACAGCUGGUGGACACGAGGUGGACUCGUCGCAGCCUGGUUUCCCUAUCUACCACCGAAGGAUCGCAAACCCGUUCCCAUUGGUUUGCAUCGCUACUGGCGCCUCGCUGCUGAUGCUUGGCUUCGUUCUGAUUCGACACCGCGGUAUCACCAACCCUGCUAUCUACAUGGCCAUCGCUCUCCCGCUCGGAAUGAUCGGCAACUUUGCCGCGUGCAUGUUUUCUUACGCUGAGGGCUCUACCUACCUUGCCACCAUCUCUGGUACUCUUGCUGGAUUGAUCGGUGGUACUGGCUUGCUCUUCCUUCCCUGGACCGGUAUUCAGUCAACCUACGUUCUCGGUGGAGCCAACCAAGCAGCAGGUGUAGCCGAGUUCUACAAAGCCUCUGCCAUGGUUUUCUUCAUCUCGCUCAUCCCUAUCUUCUUGAUCUUCCUCGCUUCCUUCCGUACCUCAGGCCCUGUCGCUGGUGCAGCACUCCUCAUCGUUGUCGCACUUGGCUGUCUCGGUGGAGCUUACAUCAAGGGAGUGGAGGACUUGGUGAUUGCAAAGGCGUCCGGUGCAUUGUUCAUCGUGGUGGGCGUGUCGCUGUUCUAUGCCGCUACUUCGGUGAUGUUGGCCGAGGAAGGAUGGAAGCUCUUGCCCGUUUUCCCUCUGCCCAGGCUCGAGUAA